GGUGAUUGGGUGAACGCGCGUCACGUGAUCGUCCUUCGACAGGAGUUUCUACGACAGCUGAGUAGCCGCUAAAUGCGUCUUUUCACCUGUAACACUGAUCCUUCUCAACUCUAGUGAAUCUAAGUUUCUUUAAAUGGGAGACAAGAAGAGCCCCACAAGGCCGAAGCGGCAGAUGAAGCCGUCCUCCGACGAUGGCUUCUGGGACUGUAGCGUGUGCACGUUCAGGAACAGCGCGGAGGCGUUCAAGUGCUUGAUGUGUGAUGUCAGAAAGGGGACGUCAACAAGAAAACCACGUCCUGUUUCUCAGCUGGUGGCACAGCAAGUAAAUCAACAGUUUGCACCUCCAACACAUCCCAAAAAGGAGAAGAAAGAAAAAUCUGAGAAAGACAAGAGUGAAAAAGAGCCAUCGCUGAAAAAGAAAAGCCAUAAAAAGACGAGGCCCAGGUUAAAAAACAUAGACCGGAGCAGCGCCCAGCACCUAGAGGUCACAGUUGGAGACUUGACUGUCAUAAUUACAGACUUUAAGGAGAAAGCCAAACCCAUGACCACUUCAGCAAGUGUUCCCUCAGCAGACCAACACAGUCAAAGUGGCUCAAGCUCUGAUAACACUGAACGAGGGGUCUCCAGAUGCUCUUCCCCCCACGGAGAAGGCUCAUCGCCGAUUAAUGGAGAGACUCACUAACCUUGACACUUCCAGUCUGCACAGCCCAUCAUUCUUCUGCACUCUCAUCCAGAGAUUAAACUUCAACAUGCACGUUUUGUUUUUUUAAAAUAAUACUAAAAAUGCCAAUAAGGUAGCAUUCAUUUCCAUUUGAGGUUGUAUUUUUCAAUGAAAGAAUUCCAGAGUGAGGACAUUAGCUGUACGCCCAGGUAAAAAAAAAAGUGUUGCAAAAAGAUCUAACAUGAUGAAAUGACAAGAGGAACUGUAGCAUCAAGUCCCAGAUGUCAUUGAAAACUGCCACGUGCUGUGGUGAAAUGUGUUCGAACACCUCAGUGAUACAGUAGCACCACACUCAGUUUAAGGUUGCUGCACAGACAAAAUAUGAAGGAGUCACCUCAGAAUUUUAGUUUAUCCUUGACUUAUGUUAUCAUUAUUUGCACUUAAUGGCAUCCUGUGUUCAUGAUAACAUUUAGUGGCCUCAGACUGUUGGCAAUUGGCAUUUUCCUGCUCUUAUUGUAUGCCAUUGGGUGCCAGUCAUUGUUUUACUGUGUAACAUAUGAAUAAUGAAAUGCUUCUCCUUCUCUCGUUAGAGUUGAACAUGGUAUAAUCUAUAGAAUGGUUUAUAUUGUCAAAUAAUGUUAAAUAAAACAAGUUGUAGACACUU